CAUAUUUCGCUGUACAUUCACAUGAAGAAGAAGGGUUUGCAAAGAGCUCCACUUUAUUUUGAGCAAUUUCAGAUUUGUAGUCAGUGUUGCCGACCAUCAGCCACUUCUUUAAGUUCAGCAAAGGGGACUAACUGUAAGCCUAUACGAAGUUUAGCACAGUUAGUAUCUACAUUUUCAGGCUGGACAGCUCAAUAUUUGAAGAUGGCCGAAGCUGCACUUCCCACUAAAACCACUUGCAAGAUUAGUCAGGAACUCAUCGAAUGCCCAAUCUGCCUAAUACGGUUCAUCAAUCCGAAAAUCCUGAACUGUCACCACAGCUUUUGCCAAAAAUGUCUCCAGAAACUUGUAUUCAAUCAGAAUCCGAAGACGGGUUUUAUUAUUUGCCCAGAAUGUAGAGAGAAAACUAAAAUCCCAGUUAAGGGAGUGUCGGCUCUUCUCAACAGCUUUUUCUUGAGCUCGCUUAUUGAUGACGUCAUCAAUCUUGAAGAUCCAAAUCAGCGACCUAAAACUGAAUCGUCAAAGUGCCAGAAACACACUGACCCGGAACUGUGGUUUCAUUGCGACACGUGUGACUUACUUGUGUGUGUCAGAUGUGCGUUGCCCGAUCACCAAGCACAUACCCUAAUCGGGAUCACCGAUUGCGUUAAAAUAUUCCGUCAAGAGGUUGAAGCGGAAUUGAUGAAGUUCGAUGAGUGUCACAAGCAUUUCCAACGAGUGGAUAACUCUAUCAACGAAUCAGAGAAGAGAUUACAGCUCAUGGUCGACCGGACUCUUGCAGAUAUUUUGGCUAAGGAGGAAGAGAAAGUCGCUAAAUUGAGAAAUGAAUCUCGUCUCCUCCGAGAAAGAGUAACUGAAAUCGGUCAAGAAAGAAUUAAGGAAUUUAAGAGCAUACGGAGCAGCAAUCAAGAUAAAAAGAUGAGCGUCGGCAAGGAGAUCGUAGCUUCAGUCAACCACUUGAUGCUGCAUGCCAAUGACGUUGAGCUGCUGGACCUCAUGCUAAAAGUUAUGCACAACUUGACGUUCCAUAAGGAGCUCCAGUUUCAAACAGUGCAGCGGAGCAAGUCAUUCAUCGGGUUCAAAGGUCAUGAUGUCGUCACUGACGCGGAUAUCGGUGAAAUACUAGAGGAAGAGAAGUGGGAGGUGAAGAAAAAAAUUGGUAAAGAAGGGGAAGGUGAGGGGGAGUUCAAGAGGGCAGUAAACGUUGCUUGUUUUAGCGAUGGUGACAUUGUCGUUUGUGACUACGAAAGGCUGCUAUUAUCCACGUUUACAUCAAAGGGUAGUUACAAAUCGACGGGUGUUCAAAGCGGAACAGAGGACGGUAAACUAAAAUGUCCCUUUGAUGUUGCGGUGACCUCUAAUGACCUGCUUCUGGUUAUUGACGGACCGGAUGUAAAGGUUUAUGAUAGAGAACUGCGAUAUAUCCGUCAGUUCAGACCAUCACAGAAUCAAGUCAUGGGGCAGUCAGUGCUCGGUGGUAUCGCUGUGGACAAGAAAGAUCGGAUUGCAGUGUCUGACUGUACGAGAAAGGUUAUAUCUCUCCAUAAUAUGGAUGGAUCCAUUAUUUCUACAAUAAUACAUCAUGCCAACAUAGGCAAUCCAUGCAGGCUAUCUGUAAGCAGCAAUGAGCGACUGAUCUUCACAAACUAUAAAACGAUGAUACUAGUUUGUCUGGAUUUCAUGGGAAACGAGGUGUUCAAUUCCAGCCCCUCCAAACCUGUAACACUUGUUGGUGUGUGCUGCGACGAUGCUGGAGAUAUCUAUGUGUCUCUUCAUUUCGGUACAGUGGGAACCGGUGAGAUACAUCAUUGCGAUGCAUUAGGUAGGCACAUCGGCUAUGUAGCUCGUGGCUUAUACAGUCCGCAAGGCAUGACGUUUACUCCUACCGGUGACCUCAUCGUGGCUGAAAGGUACUCAGUCAAGAUCUUGCAUCGCGUGUGAGUGUCAAUGACGUCAUGGUCGAAAACAAAACAUUUUCAAAGCAGUUACAGCUCACAAAGUAGACAUUAGUAGACCGAUUGCGCUCCGUGCGUCACGUGACCUAUAGUGGGUAUUGGAUGUAAACAAACUCGGCGUACUGCAUAUAAACGUGCGUUAAAAAGACAUGAUUACUGUUGCAAUUUUUGGCUCAAAAAAGGACUAAAUUCUCGAAAUUACUGAAGAAGAUUCCAGGGUUUGUAACACGAGACCUUACCGAAGGCUGAGCAAUGUCAGUAAUGGGUAAACACAGUUCCACCAAAUAGGAAAUUGAGAGAAUUUUCACACGAUGUCAUGUGUUUGUGCACGGAAAGUGUGGUUUUACUUUGCCCUCAUUGUAAUGACUUUGCU